AAGCCGUGAGGCUGAACGAUGAUUUAAAUGGCGGUCUCUGCACAGUAUACGCUUAGCGACAUGUAAACAAGUCUAUGUCAUAAUCGGACAGAGAUUUACAACGGUUUGUGCUAUCUAUCAAUUGAAGUUCAUGGAAUUACGAAAGGUCCAGAAAUUGUUGCUUUAAGUGAUGUAGAACAGAAUGGUUCUUGGACUUUUUGAUUCCGCCAUUCCCUUCCAGGGACAGAAGUACAGCAAGCUCAAGGAUCAGGCCGUCAGUUCCGGUCAGCUGUUUGAGGAUCCGGAGUUUCCGCCGGCUUCCUCCUCCUUGUUCCAUUCCAAAUCCGCCCCAUCGGACAUCGUCUGGAAACGACCCGGAGAAAUAGCAGCAGAGCCCAAGUUCUUCGUUGACGGCGCCUCCACUGAUGACUUUCAUCAAGGUUCUCUCGGAAAUUGUUGGUUCGUGGCUGCGGCGGCAUGCAUCGCAGAAAAGCCCAAACUUCUGAAAAAGAUAAUCCCAGAUAUUGAAAAGCAGGAAUGGCUUCCAGAAAACAAAAACAAGUAUGCUGGUAUAUUUCACUUCCGGUUCUGGAUUUGCGGAGAGUGGUCGGAUGUUGUCGUAGAUGAUUAUCUGCCGACAAGAAAUGGCAAUCUUAUCUACAUCCACUCAAAGACCCGGAACGAGUUUUGGUCAGCUCUUCUAGAGAAAGCGUAUGCAAAGUAGGUUUUAUUUUCUUGAAAUCUUUAGAAGA